GUUGUUUCCUCCCUCUCUGCUUUACAAUCACAAACCUCCAAACCCUCCACCCAACAAACAAAUGCAGCCUCUCCCUUGAUAUCUCCUUCCUUGCCUUCCCGCAACUCACCCACCCAUCCUCUCUGCUUCGUCUUUUUAUACUUUCAAGUUCUUCUUUAUUUUCCAUUUCAGUUUUGGUUUUCUUUUUUGGGACUUAGUUAUGAUGCUGGAUCUUAACUUGAGUGUUAUUUCGGGUGGUGAUGAUUCAGUUGAGAUGGCGGGAGAGGCGCUUCCAGACUUUUCUGGUUAUAAUAAUAAGCAAAUGGAAAAUUCCGGGAGCUUCGAUUCUUCCAUCGUCAACGCCGACACCACCACCACUACAGGCGACGAUGACUCUUCCUCCAACGCCGCUGCCGCCGACACUUUCGCUUACUCCUUCGGCAUCCUCAAAACCACCGAGAAAAGGGAGAACAACCAAAGGACCAUCCCGCUUUUCCCGGUCAACGUUCAGGGAGGUGGCGGGAAGUCAACGGGAUCGUCGCAGAAGGAAUGGCUGGAUCUCGGUAAGUCCCGGGAAGCUUCGGAGCAACACUGUGGAGCCGCGGAGCAGAGGAUCGCAGCUCAGCAACAACAGCAGGUUCAGUUAAAGCAGCAAGUGAAGAAGAGUCGACGUGGGCCCCGCUCCAGAAGUUCUCAAUAUCGUGGCGUCACGUUUUAUCGUAGAACUGGGCGAUGGGAGUCUCAUAUUUGGGAUUGUGGGAAACAAGUGUACUUGGGGGGGUUUGACACAGCGCAUGCUGCAGCAAGGGCUUAUGAUCGAGCAGCGAUCAAGUUCCGUGGAGUUGAUGCGGAUAUUAAUUUUAAUGUUAAUGAUUAUGAAGAAGAUGUUAAGCAGAUGAGUAAUUUUACCAAGGAGGAAUUUGUGCAUAUCCUGCGAAGGCAGAGCACUGGUUUUUCAAGAGGAAGUUCCAAAUACAGGGGAGUUACAUUGCACAAAUGUGGCCGAUGGGAAGCUCGAAUGGGCCAAUUUCUUGGCAAGAAGUAUAUAUAUCUUGGGCUAUUCGAUAGCGAGAUAGAAGCAGCAAGGUCCUUUAGAUCAGAAAUUCAAUCUCCCUUGGCUUAUGACAAGGCUGCCAUAAAAUGUAAUGGAAGAGAAGCGGUUACCAACUUUGAGCCAAGCACAUAUGAGGGGGAGCUAAUCUCAGAAUCUGAUAAUGGAGACCGAAAUCAAGGUCUUGACCUGAACUUGGGCAUUGCACCCCCAUAUACAUCUGAUCCCCAAAAGGAGAAUAACAAUUCAGACAACUUUGCUAUCCAGCGUGGAUGGGAUGGCCUGCCAGUUGAGACAGGAGCAAGGAUUGACAACUCUGCUCCGGCAACGAUGAGGGUUCAACCUAGUCUUGGCCAGGCGAUGGCAUUCAAGCACCUUCAAAACUGGAAUGGUGCAAAUCCCAGUUUCUUUCCUGUUUAUAGGGAAAGAGCAAUAGAGAAGAGGAUGGAAGUAGAUUAUGCACCAAACUGGGCAUGGCAAAUCCAAGGCCUUUACGGUGGGGCAAAUCCAGUGCCACUCUUCCCUACUGCAGCAUCAUCAGGAUUCUCGUCUUCAACAAUUACUUCCCCAUCAGCUGCUGCUGGCCAACUUUGCAUUCCUAACACAACAUUCCUCCACCGCCACCAUUUCCCUCCGGCCAUCACAAACCCGAACAUCUCUCAUUUCUACUGCCAGAGCUGAAUAAGUUAGAAUAUGGCCACCAUCUCGUAUCUUCUCUACCGAGUAGAGAGUCUGGGUAGGCAAUCAAUGAAAAUAUUAGAAGGGGUUACAGGCUUACUGAAAUUGAUAUAAUGGAAGGCGGUACAUAAAAGGGGAAAUCAAUUGAUCGAGUUCAUCAUCGCAUGUAAAAGCCUCAUCAAACUAGUGUAUUUGGUUUGAUGAUCAUGAUCAAAAUUUUGGUCAAUUUGAGCCCUUGGUUGAAUGGAAUGACUGUUAUAGUUCCAAACCUUUGUUUCCAUCAUC